AUGGGACAUGCAGCUUUUGUUUCACACCAGUGGUUGACCGAGCAUCACCCAGACCCAGAUCUCGUGCAGCUACGGGUCUUGCAGGAUGCGCUCAGGAAUCUCCUGCACCAGCUGAAAUACGUCCCGCUUGACCCGCUGACCGAAAUCUACGUACCCACGGCGAAGUCACUUCCGCUUGGUGACUUCCAGGCUCGGCCUCUGUUUCUAUGGUACGACUACUUCUCUUGCCCGCAGCUGGAGCAGGGGGGCUACGGAAUGGAAGGUGGCGGGGGUCAGCUAGCCGAUGCCAUCGACAGCAUCCCAGCUUACAUUGCCCGAUGCUCUUACUUCCUCGGCCUCUGCCCUGUGAUUGACUGCCCUGGUGCCGGCAGGGUGCUGAGCCAAUUCAGCUGGUCUCAAAGAGGUUGGUGUCGCGUUGAACGAGUACUUCGGGAGCUUUCCCAGGAUGGCACCUGGAUUCUCAUCAAGAGCGACGUCUCCUUCGAGCUGGUUGGUACAGCGCUGGCCUUCGUUAGCGGGUCAGCUGGCGAAGGGGAAUUCACGGUGGCGAAGGAUCGUGGGAAGCUUGCUGCAGUUUUGCAACAGGCGGUGGUGAGAAAGCUGGUCGCGUGCCUUGCGUCCUUCGAUUUUGAGGCUUAUCGUUUACACCUGAACCUGCAGACUGUUCACCUGCGAGGACUGGACGCUCACCCUGUGACUGACUUUAUCCCGGGCUUCAAACGAAGCUCGACUGGCAGGAGCGAUGUGGUGGCAGAGUUUUUCUACCAGAAUGGCUUUCGGACCGUUCGGGACGUCGACGCGGCAGGAUGGUCGCCACUGCACUAUGCUGCCUUGGGUGGGCGCACGGAACUGAUUGAGGGUUUGUUGCAGCGGCGUGGGGAUCCCACCCUGCGAACUUCCAGGGACCAGCCCAAAGUAGGGUGUCCAGCCUCGAUGUCCGCCCUCGAUCUGACCAUGCUCUUCAAGCACACUGAUGCAGCGCGCCUGCUCAUCGCUGCGCGGGCUGACUUGGAAGGUGGAAUGCCAGCUAUGGCCUAUGCUGCUCUCUCCAACAAUCCCGAAGGCGUUCGACUUCUUUGCGCUGCUGGGGCCAACCCCCUUUCUGAAAACCUGAUCAACAUCCCAAUGUUUGACUUUGCCAGUGCCUACGCCUCCUCUGCAGCAGUGGAGGCUUUCUUGAUGCAGGCCCCGCCAGAAACACUGGAUAUCUCACAGGCUCUUUGGGCCUCAAUGUGGUCUCGCGGAGGCACAGCUGAAAUGGUCGACCGCCUCGUGGGACUAAGGGCGGAUGUGAACCACCAGCGCAAGAUCCGCCAGGCGUCGCCCCUGGACGAGCUUACGGUGGCGAAGUCGCAGGAGCACAGGUCAGGCCGAACCACAGUCUUGACAGCUUUGCUUCACCACAUGCCCGACAUGACACCGCUGAUGGCGGCUGUGCAGACCGCGCAGUACGAAGGCGCUGCGGCCUUGAUUGCUGCUGGCGCCAGGCUUGAUUUGAGAAAUGUCUGGGGCUGGACCGCAGCCGAUUUUGCCAGGGGCCAGACGAUUCCCAAAUUUCUGCAGCUUGGGUUAGAGGGAGAUCCUUCAGAGUGUCAGAAGCUGAACGCACUGGCGCUCGCUCACGCCUACGUGGAGAUGUGA